GGGAGGCCGGCGUCCCACUCAAAAGCCAACCAACGCCGGAUUCGCCUGCUCACUUCGUCGGCUGCUUCGCUGCCAAGAAAGGGAGCAUCGAUAGAGCAAAAAGGAGAGAGCGAGGGAGAGAGGGAGCUCGUUGGAAUACCCUGUUCUCCUCUCAGAUCGGUAGACGAUGUCUCGCGAUCCCAAUCCGUUCGACGAAGAGGACGUGAACCCGUUCGCGUCCGGUUCUGCUCCUGGAUCUAAUUCUCGACUGUCUACACUGGCAUCAAAAGCCUUUGGAUUUGGGAACAAGAAUGAUGCGACAGUCGACAUACCAUUGGACACAGUGAAUGAUGCAAAGAAAAGCGAGACGGAACUUGCUGCAUGGGAAGAGAACCUGAAAAGGAGGGAAAUGGACAUUAAACGAAGGGAGGAUUCAUUGACAAGAGCUGGUGUUACUGUUGAAGAUAAGAACUGGCCAUCAUUUUUUCCUAUCAUUCACCAUGAUAUAGCCAAGGAAAUCCCAGUCCAUGCUCAGAGGUUGCAAUACCUAGCAUUUGCUAGUUGGCUAGGCAUUGUCCUCUGUCUAUCAUGGAAUGUUAUUGCUGUGAUUGUUUGCUGGAUUAGAGGAGGAGGUGUCAAAAUCUUCUUCCUUGCAAUUAUCUAUGCUUUGCUUGGAUGUCCUCUUUCGUACGUCCUUUGGUACAGACCUUUGUAUCGCGCAAUGAGGACUAACAGUGCAUUUAAGUUUGGUUGGUUUUUCCUAUUCUACCUGAUCCACAUUGGUUUUUGUAUCCUUGCUGCCAUUGCUCCUCCAAUUGUGUUCCAUGGGAAGUCAUUAACGGGAAUCCUUGCAGCAAUUGAUACCUUCUCAGAUCAUGCGUUGGUUGGGAUCUUCUACCUGGUUGGCUUUGGUUUGUUUUGCUUAGAGAUACUUAUAAGCUUGUGGGUACUUCAGAAAGUUUAUAUGUACUUCAGAGGGCAGCAGUGAAGAUACAAGGAAAAGAGUUCACUUUCUUUGUGGUGCAAAAAUUUCAAACAUUCAAGAUACAUGGACGCAGGAAUUCUUUUCAUGGAGUUGUAUAUUAAUAUGUCAUGAAAUCGAUCGUUCUACUUUUCACUUUAUUUUAAUCUCUUCUCGUACUUAAUCUUGGAACAGUAUUUUCACUCUUGUAUAAGAGUUUACACAUGAGAGUAGUGCUUUUGUUAAAGUGAGAUAUAGGUGUUGUUCUACUGUUC